UGUCGCUUUAGUUAACUCGGUGCAGUAUUACGUACGGCUCGCGCGCGCUGUUGCUCACCGUGCCCAUUCAAAUAACAUACACACGAGCAAUCUUACUUUUAUUAAUGAAAGUUAACAGUGACAACGACAUUUUAUAAGAAAAAGAGUUAAUGAGUUGAUAAUCUUUCGCAUUAUAGUGGAGCUGAAAUAUUGCGCGUCAUUCGACCGAGCGCUGCAUAACAGAAAAUACGUAAGCGACUGCAUAGGUAUUGUUCAACAAAAUUAAAACGGGAAACAAAAAUUAACAAUAUGUGAAUAACUCGAUGUGGAUUAGACUGAAAGGACAAUAGUGAAAAUGCGUGUCCGGUGGCUCGCGUUGGUUCUGUGUGUGUGUUCUCUGGAGUUGGGGAGCGAUGCCCUGCCUCCCGCCGCCCUAGGAGAUGUCGUCAUUAAUGCCGCUAGCAGCCUCAACUCCAUGAAGGUAACAGGAGCAUGGAGGCGACUAUCAAGUACAGUAAGCGAGUCUGUUGGGCUGAAACAUGCUCUUCGAAGACUACAGAAUGUACCCCAGCGGGCAGCCCGUCUGGUGCAUGCAUUGGUUGACCGAAUGAGGGUCGGCGGAGGACCUGUAGUGACCACCCGACUUGGCUCCUUACGAGGGCGUCGCGUUGUCGCAAGGACAAGUGCGCAAACUCCGUAUUAUAGCUUUAAAGGCAUUAGGUACGCACAAUCCCCUCGAGGAUCCUUAAGGUUCCGACCCCCAGCGCCGCUGGAGCCCUGGUCAGGCAUUCGAGACGCUCUGGAAGAGGGCGCAGUUUGCCCUCACAGGUUCAUGUUGUUCGACACCUAUAAGGGAGACGAGGACUGUCUCUUCCUUAAUGUAUACACGCCGGCCUUACCCGACAUGCUAACAGGAUACAACCCGAAGCUAGCGGUAAUGGUAUGGAUUCAUGGUGGAGCAUUUGCAGUGGGAUCAGGAAAUGCUUUCUUGUACGGACCUGAUCAUUUAGUUGGCGCAGGCGUGGUUCUUGUUACCCUUAAUUACAGGCUUGGAGCUCUUGGUUUUCUGAGCUUGGAAAACGAAGAAGUCUCUGGAAACAUGGGGUUAAAGGACCAAGUAAUGGCUUUGAAGUGGGUUCAAGAUAAUAUCGAAUAUUUUGGAGGCGACCCCACUCGGGUCACUAUUUUUGGAGAAUCAGCCGGCGCUGCGUCCGUUCAUAUGCAUAUGUUAUCUCCCGCAUCACAGGGACUAUUUCACGGUGCAAUAGCGCAAAGUGGUGUGGCGAUAUCGCCGUGGGCCCUGGCCAGGGAACCUAAGAGACGUGCCUUUGAGCUUGGUCGAGAACUUGGGAUCGAUACCAAUAAUACUGCUGAACUAUUAGGCUAUUUACGCGCCACGCCAAGCGAGUUGCUAGUAAAAGCAGGAGCUCGGUUAUCUGCUGCUCCGGGUAAAACGGCAGACCUGCACAACACAGUAGCUCUGCCCUUUUUACCAACGGUGGAGCCCGAUUUGCCGGGGGCUUUCUUCACUAAGAUGCCAAAGGACUCCCUGCCAGGCGCGGACGUACCGCUGCUCACUGGUUAUAAUGCUGAAGAAGGAAUUAUUCUAUUUCGACGUCUCCAACGCUACCCUAAAUUGUUGAGUGAGCUAGAACAUGAAUUUACACGGGUUGUACCCCCGGAACUUGCUUCAACUGAUGAGGAACGGUUGGAAAAGGUUGCAGAACACAUCAGAGCUUUUUAUUUCCAACAACGACCUGUGGACAUACGAAAUAUCGAUAGUCUUAUUGAUCUCUUCACAGAUAUAAUGUUCUUGAGACCGGCACUGGACACGAUCCGCCUGCAAGCUAAGACAAACCGAACGAGCCCUACGUACUUAUAUAGAUUUGCUUUCGACGGUGCACUGGGUCUCUUCAAGCGAAUGUUGGGUAUCUCUCACCCUGGCGCCUGUCACGGCGAUGAAAUGGGCUACCUGUUCUAUUUCUCGAGAUUGAACUACAGGCUAGACGAUGAAUCACCAGAAUUAGCCGUUUCCAAGAAAAUGGUACAAAUGUGGACAAAUUUUGCAAAAACUGGAAACCCAACACCUCCAAUUGACUACGAGUCAAUAGUAGACUUCAAAUGGCUCCCCGUCAAUGAUACACAGCAUAUCAACUACCUCGAUAUAACGGGAAACUUUACCAUGAAGAAAGAUCCCGAACCCAAAAGGGUGAGCUUUUGGGAUUGGCUUUAUGAUAAUUAUACUAAGAAGCCAUAAUUCUUGUAGUGUCUUUUUUAUUAAAAUAAAAGGACAUAUUGGUGAUAUAAUAGUAUUGAUUGAACUUUAAAGUGUUAAUAUUUAUUAAGACCUGAUUAAGACGGACACAAUAAUCUAUUGUAACCAUAUGAUUAUGUGCGAUGAACAUUUAGCUAUAACAAUUAUUAUUAAUGUUUCAUGUUUUGUUAUGUGCAGAGCCACGUAUUUCGUUCUUAUUAUUAUGAAUGUGUUCUAACUGUUAUUUUUUUCUUUAAGUUCUAUGUAUAUACUUCCUUUUAUCGUGUUUUGUACAUUACAGUUUUUAUGAAUUGUUAACAAAUUAAAAUAAUUGUUGCUUUAAUUAUAGAUCAAUAAAGGAGUUUUAUUUAUA